CGGGUAUGGGGCAUGCACGCCAUCUACUCUGCGGUUGCAGCGCUUCUGCAGACUCAAGCAAUUCACAUGCACAGCUUGCAGCGCCUUACACACGCUGGAAAGCCGAGCUCACUGUGCACUGUUGUCGUUGGAAAUCUGUAGCCGGAUUUUCUGAUGCCAGCGAGACUACAAGCACCAUGUUACCAUUCGCGCAACCUGACAGUGCUGUGUCCGGUUAUCACUUUGUGACAAGUAGCGGGCUGGUGAACCUCAUCUGACCCUAGCAAUGACCAACGCAUGUCGAAGCAGCAUGCUCGUGCCAGGAAAAGCACAAGGCUGCCAUCGGUUCUCGGCACGACCUGCCGUAUAACU